AUGCGAUUCGACUGUAUAACUCAUAUAAAUGCAGAUAAUAUAAAAGCUGUAAGUAUUAAACUCUUCCCGGCUCGGAGUAUAGAUUCAUUAAAUACAAACAAAUCGAGGGAUAGAAUUUAUCUAAUGAACACAGUUGCAGGAGCAGCAGCACUAUAUGGAGUGGAAGUUUGGGGUUGGGGGGAAGCAAAAGAGAUCGAGAAGAUACAGGGAAUAUUUUGUAAAAUGGCACUAGGGGUCAAUAGGAAUACCCCAGGAUAUAUUUGGAGAGCGGAAACAGGAGUGCAGAACAUAAAGGUAACGAUGAGGAAGAGAGCUGCUAGAUAUGUGAAGGAUGUGCUGGCGAUGGAGGACGACAGGUGGCCAAAAAUAGCACUACGGGAAGAAAUGAGAGGAAUAAUAAACAGAAAUCCAAAAAAGGAAGAGGAUAAAAAAGCUAUUGAGAGGUCAACUUAUAAUAAAAUAUAUAAAAGAAUAAUGAUCGAAGAGGAUGAAUACAAUUAUUGGAAGGAAGACAAGAAAAGAGGUGAAGACAAAGAACAAUGGGCAAGAAUAAGAUGCGGAAACAUUGGAAGAGCUUAUAAGAAAGGAUAUACAGAGUUCGAGUGUAGAUUAUGUAAAGAAAGUCUGGAAACACUAGCACACCUAACAAAGUGCAAAGAGGUAAAGAAAGGAGUGAAUGAGGAAGAAAGAAAGUAUUUGGAAAAGUGGGAUAAAUUGGUAGAUGAAGAAGAGAUUGAAAGGAAAAUAUGUUCAAUUCUAAAAGGUGAAAUAGAUACGAACCUAUGUGAAAUAUUUAGGAAAAUAGAAAAAUUAAUAAAAAGAAAGACAGAAGCCGAUAAAGGUGGAGAUGAGAGUGCGGAGGAGGAACAGAGAACAGAGUGA